GACAACAAUAAAGAUCAACCAUUGGGUCAGCACAUUCAUUUUUCUCCUCCUAAGACACCACAUUCUCCAAAGAAACCCUCACCACUUAGACAAUGCCAACGACUUUCCUCUAUACCCGACUAUGAACAAAUCAACAACUUGAGCUUACACGACGAUGAUUCAGCAACUUACUUACAAGACCUUCGCAACAACCGCGUCGCACGACUCAACGGUUCAAGACCACCUCCACCCUCAAGAAUCGCAAGCAAGCGCCAGCAGCAUCGACCCACUUCUAGCGACGGGUCCAUCCCGACCAUCACUAACAAGACAACAUCGACCACCACGCAUAGCCGCCAAAAGAGCUUCGAUUCCAUCAAUCGCGACGAUUUCGCCGGUCGCUCCCUCGUAGCGCAACCAGGACCUUCCAAUGCGGCCAGACCGUUAUCUCUGGUCUCACAGCCCCUACACGAAGCCAUAGAAGAGCUGGAGCUGGACGAAGAACAACGCAUACAUGCAGCUGCCCAAGAUGAGGCGGCUGAGCUAGUCUGGAAGCACCGCACUGGUUACGACCCUGANAAAGAACGUGCCUCUGCGUACGCAAAUCCAGACGUGGACGCGAAAGCUGCACGAAAAGACUAUCGUGCCCACCUUCGUAACACAAGCAAGGACAAGGUAGACAAUCCUCCUCUCUCAGUCAGCCGUCCAGCAGCGAAUGAUUCGCCAGUCUCAUCCCCUGAGAGGCCUCGCACUAACAAUCUCCCCGACGAUCCGUUCGUUGAGGCUACGCCUGUUUCCACUCCUGUCUCUACACCUCGAAGCACACGUGCAAAAGGCAAAAGUUAUGAAGGGCUCGCAAACGCUGUGGCGAACGAUGUCGCAAUAUCCAAGCGACGUGUGAGCAGCGGCUCCAAACGACGACCCAGCGCAGACAUCAAGGCUGGAUUUAUGAGCCCAACCGACAAGAUCUACGAGGAACCGGAUGAACAACAACUGAAGGAUGCAAGAGCUGCGGANAGUACAAAAGCCACAGCGAAGGCGGAAACGAAGUCGGAGGAAGUUCCACGCCAUGUUCGAAGGAACCCUUUCGCUCGAGUGAGAUUGGCUCAAGAAAAAUUCGAGAAGAGAGAAUCUCCGUCUGGCUACUCGGUCAAGAAGAAUGACGACAAAGAGUCUUUCUCUGGCUACACAGCGAAGAAACACGAGAAGAUCGAGAUUCAAAGGAAUCCACCUUCGCAGUCUCGCAACGCUUUCUACACCGUCAACGAUUCUGUCCCAGCUUCACCAAAUCUUCCUCCUCAGAACGUACCCGAGAAUGCUGUAGAGGACAGUCCGAAGAUAAAGGAUGGCAAGGAGAUUCGCAGCGACGACAUACGAUCUGCAACCGCCAUGAAGCGCAAGGACAGGAGCCCAAACUUACCUCAGCCGACCGCAGUCAGCGAUAGUCCUGGCAGACCCAUUGUCAGUUUCCAGUCAGGAUGGAAACCCAAAGAGAUCCAGUUGGUCGAAGAGAAAUCGACAGGUCUGCCUGAGUGUUUGGCCGUAGGGAAAAACGCCCCUUCCGAUGCUGCAUUGAGUGGAAAGCAGAGACGCUACUCGUUGCCUCGUUCCCAGCAAGGCCCGCCUCCAAUUCCUGUGAUCAUGACUCCGGAUCAGCCAGCGACGAGACCAACUGAGCUUCCGGAUGCCAUGCCAACAAUUUCUAUGAUCCUAUCUCAAGCCCAUCCAAGACACUCUCUGAAGAGCCGGAUGUUCCUGGAAUCAGUCUGUCUUCAAACACCGCGAAACCUCCUGUCUUCGUCAUCAACGAGNCCAUCUAGCGUCAAGAAUGACCGACCACCACCGCUUCAGCAUCGUCCACAGUCUUCGCCGCCAAAGACAUCCUCACCCUUCUCGAAACGACCUCUCCCAACCCCCACACCCGCAUCUGCUCGUCCGCUUCCCGUCCCCUCGAAGACGAUGCCAGUCCCAGCAGUGACCAAACCUCAUAUGACACCAUCAGUAAGGCGAAACACGGCUUUGUGUGCCCAUUGUGCAUUGCCCAUAGCAGGGCGCAUCUUGAGUGCCGCAGGCGAGCGUUUCCAUCCUUCAUGCUUCAAGUGUCACGAAUGUGGCAUCAACCUUGAGUGCGUAGCCUUCUAUCCAGAGCCAGACAAGAAGCGAGCGGAACGCCUGGCUCGUAUUCGACAACGUCAACAGGGCAUUGACGUCCACCUGCCUGCAGGCGUCACCGAAGAAGAUGUCAGGAGGUUAGAGGAAGAGGAUGGCGACGAAUCGCUUCGAUUCUUCUGCGGACUAGACUUCCACGAGUUCUUCAGUCCACGUUGCAAGAGCUGCAAGACACCCAUCGAGGGAGAGGUAGUUGUUGCAUGUGGAGCCGAAUGGCACGUCGGCCAUUUCUUCUGCGCACAGUGCGGUGACGAUGGAUACGCAUGGUGUGUAGGCUGUCAUACCAACAGAUACAGCGCAAAGUGCCGUAAAUGCAAACGCCCAGUCACGGAGAUUGUGGUCAAGGCCUUGGGAGCCGACUGGCACGCAAANGAAUGUGGUGAUGGCUUCGAUGAUGGCAGAUACUUCUUGAGAGGCAACAAUCAAGACCCCGUAUGUGUAAGAUGUGAAGAACGGAGGCUCAAGGCC